GCAGGCGCAGGACACUCCUUCCGCUCUCUCCGGCCGUGUUCACGAGUCUCGCAGUCAUGUCUUACCCCGCCGAUGAUUACGAGUCUGAGGCCGCCUAUGAUCCCUAUACUUACCCCGGCGACUAUGAUAUGCACACAGGAGAUCCAAAGCAGGAUCUGGCUUAUGAACGUCAGUAUGAACAGCAGACCUAUCAGGUGAUCCCCGAAGUGAUCAAAAACUUCAUCCAAUAUUUCCACAAAACCGUGUCAGAUUUGAUCGACCAGAAGGUGUAUGAGCUACAGGCAAGUCGUGUCUCCAGUGAUGUCAUUGACCAGAAAGUGUAUGAGAUCCAGGACAUCUAUGAGAACAGGUAUGGGCUGCUGGGUGACGGCACUGUACUGGACAGUGCAGGCAGAGAGAGAGAUACUCCUUUGCCAUCUCUUUCAGAUGCUGUCUUCCUGAUUUUGUACAAAGAAUUAUACUACAGGCACAUAUAUGCUAAAGUCAGUGGGGGACCUUCCUUGGAACAGAGGUUUGAAUCCUAUUAUAACUACUGCAAUCUCUUCAACUACAUUCUUAAUGCUGAUGGUCCUGCUCCCCUUGAACUACCCAACCAGUGGCUCUGGGAUAUCAUUGAUGAGUUCAUCUAUCAGUUUCAGUCAUUUAGCCAGUACCGCUGUAAGACCGCCAAGAAGUCAGAGGAGGAGAUUGACUUCCUUCGUUCCAAUCCCAAAAUCUGGAAUGUUCACAGUGUCCUCAAUGUCCUUCACUCCCUGGUAGACAAGUCCAACAUCAACCGGCAGUUGGAGGUGUACACAAGCGGAGGUGACCCCGAGAGUGUGGCCGGGGAGUAUGGACGGCACUCCCUCUACAAGAUGCUUGGCUACUUCAGCCUGGUGGGGCUUCUGCGUCUGCACUCCCUGCUGGGGGAUUACUACCAGGCCAUCAAGGUGCUGGAGAAUAUCGAACUGAACAAGAAGAGCAUGUACUCCCGAGUGCCCGAGUGCCAGGUCACCACAUACUAUUAUGUUGGUUUUGCAUAUCUGAUGAUGCGGCGCUACCAGGAUGCCAUCCGGGUCUUUGCCAACAUCCUCCUUUACAUCCAGAGGACCAAGAGCAUGUUCCAGAGGACCACAUACAAGUAUGAGAUGAUCAACAAGCAGAAUGAGCAGAUGCAUGCGCUGCUGGCCAUCGCCCUCACCAUGUACCCUAUGCGUAUCGAUGAGAGCAUUCACCUCCAGCUGCGGGAGAAAUACGGGGAUAAGAUGCUACGUAUGCAGAAGGGUGACCCACAGGUCUACGAGGAGCUUUUCAGCUAUUCCUGCCCGAAAUUCCUGUCUCCCGUAGUUCCCAACUACGACAAUGUGCACCCCAACUACCACAAGGAACCCUUCUUGCAGCAGCUGAAGGUGUUUUCUGAUGAAGUGCAGCAGCAGGCCCAGCUCUCAACCAUUCGUAGCUUCCUCAAGCUCUACACCACUAUGCCUGUGGCCAAGCUGGCCGGCUUCCUCGACCUCACAGAGCAGGAGUUCCGCAUCCAGCUUCUUGUCUUCAAGCACAAAAUGAAGAACCUGGUGUGGACCAGCGGCAUCUCUGCCCUAGACGGCGAAUUUCAGUCAGCCUCUGAGGUUGACUUCUACAUCGAUAAGGACAUGAUCCACAUUGCAGACACCAAAGUUGCCAGACGCUAUGGGGAUUUUUUCAUCCGGCAGAUUCAUAAAUUUGAGGAGCUCAAUCGAACUCUGAAGAAGAUGGGACAGAGACCCUGAGGACAUUCACACUCGCAUUAUCAUGAACUUAUUUUGAUGUCGUCGGUGGGGAGUGAUUUUGCCACGGUGGAGCUUGUACCUAGCUCAGUAGUCAGCCUGUCAACCGAGUUGAAGUUUAUUUGAGUCAAGGACUGAAAUGUUUUCAGUAGGUCUCAGUAAAGGAUCUUCUUUGGAGCCA